AACGGCGACGAGUGCGAAGUUCGGCUCCAACUGUCAAAAGUGAAAAAUGCCACUGUGUUGUUUUCGCUUUCUCGUUAAAAUGUUGCUCUGAUUUUUCGUCGAUUUUCCUGUUAAAUUCCGCGCAAAACUAGAUUAUUUCGUUCGGAAAGUGUGCAGCAAUGUGCGUUUGAGUAGUUGCCGGUGGAAUUUCCUUCGCGGAUCUGUUUUCCUGCCGGAAAUACGGAUAAUUUCGUCGCGAGUGUUCCGCUUACCCCCCGCCGUACUACCCGCGUUCAGCUUCCAGUUGAGAGUAGGUGGCCCGCAGAGCGAAUUUCGAUUUUAGUGUGACGGACGGUGAAGUAGAAAUUUGAGUUUCGGACUAUUUCUGUUUGUUACUGUUUGGAGGCAAGACCUCCGUUAGUUUAAUAAUGACACCACAGCCACUGGAGCAGGGAGGAGCGGCCGUCGCCGGCUUCAUCCCAACAGGACAGGAAAUGGCGCAGCGACAAAAUUUGAUUCCGCUUGGUAGGCUGAUCGAUUUUAUCAUCCAGAGGACGUACCAUGAGCUAACGGUGUUGGCAGAAUUAUUGCCGCGCAAGACGGAUAUGGAGCGCAAAAUCGAGAUCUACAACUUUUCGGCUAGCACCCGGCAGCUGUUCAUCAGGCUCUUAGCCCUGGUAAAAUGGGCCAAUUCCGCAUCCAAGGUAGACAAAUCGGCCAAAAUUAUGGCCUUUCUGGACAAACAGUCCCUUCUGUUCAUGGACACGGCCGACAUGCUGUCGCGGAUGGCACGUGAAACAUUGGUCAAUGCACGGCUACCGAACUUCCACAUCCCGGCGGCAGUGGAAAUCCUGACCACUGGAACUUAUUCACGUUUACCGUCAAUCAUCCGAGAACGGAUCGUGCCACCGGAUCCGAUCACUACCUUGGAGAAGCGUCAGACCUUGCAGCGGUUGAAUCAGGUCAUUCAGCACCGGCUGGUGACUGGAAAUUUGCUGCCUCAGUUGAGAAAGUUCAAGAUCGAAAAUGGUCGAGUUACCUUCAAGGUAGAUCACGAAUUCGAAGUGUCGCUAACGGUGAUGGGCGAUGGUCCGAACAUCCCGUGGCGUCUUCUUGAUAUUGAUAUUUUGGUGGAGGACAAAGAGACCGGCGAUGGCAAGGCCCUGGUUCACACAUUGCAGAUUAACUACAUUCAUCAGUUGAUUCAGGGUCGGAUCGUCGACAGUCCGGACGCCUUGGCAGAAGUCUACAACUGUCUCCACUACUUCUGUCAAUCGCUACAACUCGAAGUUCUGUACACGCAGACGCUGCGUUUGAUGCGUGACCGUUUGGACGAUCACAUCCACGUCGACGAGUACAUUCCGGGCACCAAACUAACGGUUUCCUACUGGCGCGAGCUGACCAACAAAGAUCCUAAAUCGGAACUGGGGUACCGUCUAAUGAUUCAAACGGAUCAGAAUGAUACGACCAAGCAAUUGGCAAUUUUGCAUAUUCCCUCGAUUGGCACCAAAGAAGUAGACAUUGCGGACCGUGCCGUUCGAUCCGAACUAUUGUCAAUGGAGCGGCUUCUGGUGCACACGGUUUACGUUCGUUCGUUGGCCCGCUUGGGUGAUCUCAAAACAGAACUGCAGCUCUUCCUCAAGGACGACGACUACAACAUCCAAGGAACUCCGGCCAUGCUGAUGGUUCCCGUUCUGAAUCCGUGCUUACGCGCAGAACAAAUCCACAUUACCGUUGACACGCAUACGGGCAUGCUCCGGUGUCACGUCCCGAAGCAUUUAGAUUGCCCGAUCAUGCCUGAGAUGCAGCAGGCACUGAACAACGACCGCAGCAAGUUGCAACACCUGAUCUCAGAACUGCGCUACUGGAUCACACAGCGUCGGUGCGAGAAGACGCUCCAGCACCUGCCCGCUACGACGCAGGAACGGUUACCUCUGGUGUUUCCUGUGGAUCAUCCGAUCGAAAAAAUCGGACCCCAUCGGGUUUACAUCCAGCUGUGUCGGCAUGCGAAUGUCAUUUUGGUCGUCGAACUCAAAGCUAAAGAGUCAAGUCCCAAUGAAAUGACUUACACCUUCUAUCUUGUGCUGGUAAAACCAUCUUCGAUGGAAGACAGCCAAGCGUCGGAUCAAGACCAUCCGCACGCAUCCACAUCCAGCUCAGCGAGUCAAUCAGGGCCAGGCUCCGUCCCUCCAGGAGGACCUCCCAGCGUAUCCAGUGUUACAGCUGGCGGAACAUCGCAAACAUCAACCACCGCCAACGCCCCGGAAAACGACGAAAUGCCGAAAAUGUACCUCAAGGUUCAGGCCCUGGUCGAGUUUGACACUUUCGUUGCGACUCAUGGUCCAGGAACGUACGUCGACGAGGAAUCGGCUGGAUCGAAACGCAAAUUAUCCUCCGGUGAUGGACCCUCCGCCAAGCAAGCGAAAACCCUCUAUCCAGCGUAUUUCAUACCGGAACUGGCACACGUGGUGGCCAUGUGCGACGAAAAGCUACCAUUUGUUGAAUUGGCCAAGGAGCUCACGCGUCGCAAGAUUCCACAUGGCGGCGUUCAGGUUGAAGCAAAUGCGACCUCCUUGGUCCUCAAGCUGCUGACGCUGCCUCAGCCGAAGCCACCGGUAAUUCCUGUAUCCAGCAGUGCAGCAGCUGCCGCGGCAUCGCAAUCCGGACCGGACCAGAAACCACCAGAACCGAAGGUCGUCAGCGUUCCGAAAAUCGAGAAGGAUGUCUGGAAUGCACUGUUGAAGCGAUUACUUUCGGUAUCGGUGCGUGCUCAAAUGAACAAAACCAUUCAAACUCGGAACUGGACGACCGAGUUGGUGUUCUAUGGAUCACCGUUGACCAGCACACAUCACAAGGAGCAGUGCAAGAGACGUGCGGUUUACCUGACCUACGAUAUGCUGUCGGUUGAUUCGAUAGACAAAAUCGUUGAUUUGAUUCUGAACGACUGGUCUAAGAUCGUCUAUCUUUACACGCUGGUCCACGACUUCCGCGAGCAAAUCAAAAACGACAAAUACAACCUGCAGAACAUCGUCACCAUCAAGUCGUACAGUUACACAAGUCUUCUUCUGGGCUACGGGCCGAACAAGGAGGUGAAUGUGAACAUCUAUUGGGACAUCGAAGCCAAGGAGUUCAAAAUGGUGUUCACCGGAGGCAACAGCGCCAUCAACGCGCACUCUAUGAUGCGCGAUCAGUUGCAAGCCCACCUUAAUCACAACUACGACCUGGCGCAGAUCGUCCAUCUUCUUCAUGAAACAUACCAACCCCUUUCCUCCAUCGCCAAACUGCCAAUCAUACCACAUCUGGCCAUCUUACAAUCUCCCAAGAUUCCCGUCCUAUCGUUCUGCAUUAUUCCGCAAUCCCCAACUCUGUUGAGAAUUUCCUUCCAAGGAGUCUACUGUCUGGAGGUACGUCUCCGAGGAUCCGGACUCUGCUCCAUUCGAGAUGGUGCCUACAGUCGGUUCGAUCGAAGUCACGUCGUUGAAGAAUUCACGCCCACUCAAGGCCUGAAAGGAUUCCUAUCCAAGUACGUAGACGAAUCGGCCGUUUAUCGGCGCCGAUCGCAAUCCGAAGAUGACAACCCACCGUCUCCCAUCACCAUGGAAGAUCCCCACGGUGGGCCAGCCUCCGUUGGAUCCGCUUUUCUCAGCGGCGGCGGCAUGCGAGGUCCCCAAAGCCCUCGCGAUCCGGGGCUUCGUUUUGCCGCACCACUCACACCCCCUUCGGGAUCUAAUCCGCACACACCGGCCUCGCCGCAUCCACAGGGUAUGGGUGGAAGCCAAAAUCAUCCCAACUUCAACAUGACCUCACCGCCGGCUCCACAUAUGCCGCAUCCUUCGCCGAGCGGAGGUCUGAUGCCGUCUUCCCCGUUAAAUCCGCAACCCAGUCCGAUGGCGUCGCAUUCUCCGGGACCGACCAACCUGCCGUACAUGUCCGGCCACACCGACAGCCCAUUCAGCGCACAUUCACCGGCAGCUUCCAACUGGCCGGGUUCGCCGGGCAUGCCGAGACCGUCUCCCCGACCGGGUCAAAGCCCUGACCAUAAAGCGCAGACACCCCAUCACAACACCUCACGAGUGCUCCCGGCUCGAUCUUGGGCUGGUGCUAUACCGACUCUUCUAACGCACGAGGCUCUAGAUACGCUUUGUCGCGCCACAGUGCACCCCCAGAAGGAAAUACCCGGUCCGGAACUCAGCCCGCUGGAACGGUUCCUUGGAUCGGUAUUCAUGCGUAGGCAGCUCCAGCGAAUCAUUCAUCAGGAAGACAACUUAACGGCCAUCACAUCCAACGAGCCGGGUGUUGUCCUCUUCAAGGCGGACAAUCUGCAGUACCAGGUGUUCCUGAACCCCAACCACAUGCAGUCGCUUCACAUGAAGGUCAGCCAGGCCCCGAUGGCCCCGACUAUGGAUGGCAAACCGCCCUAUCAGUGGGCUCCGGAAGAUCUCCAAAUACUGGAGCAAUUCUUCGACCAACGUGUCGCCGCUCCGCCGUACCGACCGGCCGUCGUGACCAGCUUCACCCGCAUGCUGAACCUGCCGUCCCAGGUGAUGAAAGACUUCAUCCAGAUCAUGCGCCUCGACCUGAUCCCCGAACUGGGCCAGGGCAACAAAUGGAAUGUGCAAUUCAUUCUCCGUAUGCCACCGUCGGCAACGCCGAUCGUUCCCGUUGGAACCACCACUAUUCUGUCCCAUCGUCAGAAAAUUCUGUUCUUCAUCCAAAUCACCCGGAUUCCGUACCUUCCAAACAUGGAGUGGAAGGACUCGGUCACCAUGCUGCUCCCGAUGGUUUACGAUAUGACCGUGAACCAUACCCAGCUGGCGGAGCGGCGCGAACAGGUCGUUCCGCAGCUGACCAGCGCCGUUAGCGCCCAUCUCAGAAGGUUCGUCGAAUGCACCGUGCUCCAGCCGGGAGAAUGCUCUCUGUUCCCGGCCGUGCGCGAUCUGCUGAUGAACCUAACACUACCGAACGAGCAACCACCGCCAGGACAGAUGGGAAAUCAGACCGUGGCGAUAAGCGUCAUAACGCCCAUGGGAGGUCAAAUUGCUCCGUCGCCAGUAGGCGGGCAGGUUGGAUCGAGUCCGAACCCGAUGAUGCACUCCCCGAUGCAGAUGGGAGCCGGAGGGCAACAAGCCAACUACCCCGGAAUGGUGGGAGGUGGGGGCCCACCUGGCGGCCCGAUAGGUCCCGGCGCCGGCGGACCGAAUUAAAGUGUCUCAGAAAAUGGUGUUAAAGUAGUUUGGAAUAAGUUUCAAUCAAUAUAAUGUGACUUCAGCGCAUCGUAAGUUUUUCUAACAUCUUAACUGGAUUAUGAUGGUUUAUUAAGUAUAAGGGUAUCAAACUGUGUGGACAUAUUACAUAAAAUAGAUCUUGCCCAUUCAAAAGUGGUGAAUUAUUUGUGGCACAUUCACUCUUAGUAUAGUAGCAAGAUAUAAAAUAAUCAAAAUCAGAACUCCUAAACCAUAGAAAAUAAGGAAGAAUUCUUAGUAAGAAAUUAGAAUACAAAUAUCUAAACCACAA